AUGGAUGCCAUAUCUCUUAACUACUGGCUCACGAAGUUUGUAAUGGAAGUCGCCAAAGAUUCAGGGGAAAGUUAUCUACCCAGAACUGUGUAGGAGAUAGUGUGUGGUCUGAAGCGUCAUUUGGGAGACAAAUAUGGCGACGAGGCGUUGAAUCCACUUGAUGCUGCGAAAAAAGGUACGGGAAAUUAA